GGUCUCUUCUCUCAUCUCUCUGCGCUUCCGGCGCCAACAAAUCAUCGCCGUCACCGCCUACACUUGGGUCUCUUCUCUCUCUCUACACGGUCGCCUGGCUCCUGCUUCUUUCCCUUUCUUCCCGGUGUCUUCCUCUUCGUUUAACAUGCUGGUGUGAAUUUUGAGAUGCUGCUCGGGAAAAGUCUCCCUUUUAAACUGACGUUGGCAAUUUUUUGAGAAAUUUGAAGAAAUUAUGAUGAUUGAUGCCUGAAGCUGAGAGGUAAAAUCUGUACCGUCUCAGCAAUGUCAUUUUAUCGCCUCUCAAAAACUGCUCGGAGCCUCCGCCACCGUCACUCUUCUCUCUCCGCCGCCCACACUUAUUUCCACUCGCCUCUACCGUUGGCCGACUCAAGCCGCCACUCGCGUCACCUCUUCCAAGUCGACAAUCAAUUUUACAAUGACAGAAAUUCGUUGCUGUCAACUGGGGCCUAUCACCGCCUUCUCCAGUAUUCAAGCUUUUCAACUCUACCAUCCGAUGAGAAACGAGAAGAAUCGAAAAAUUCCAAGGGUAAUGAAUGUGAUCGGCCGUGGAUAGAUGUUUAUUUACCGGAAAAGGCGCGGCCCUAUGCUCGACUAGCGCGGCUGGACAAGCCGAUUGGGACUUGGCUCUUGGCUUGGCCUUGUAUGUGGUCAAUUACGAUGGCGGCAGCUCCAGGGAGCCUUCCGGAUAUUAAGAUGAUGAUGCUUUUUGGUACAGGGGCAUUGCUGUUGCGUGGCGCGGGGUGCACCAUUAAUGAUCUUUUAGAUCGAGAUAUUGACACCAAGGUAGCAAGGACAAGGUCGAGACCCAUAGCAAGUGGUGUACUGUCACCAUUUCAGGGACUUUGUUUUCUUGGUUUUCAAUUGCUUUUGGGGUUGGAAAUUCUUUUGCAACUGAACAAUUUUAGCCGUGUUCUGGGAGCUUCAUCUCUGCUGCUAGUAUUUUCAUAUCCUCUGAUGAAGAGACUGACGUAUUGGCCUCAGGCCUAUCUAGGAUUGACGUUUAACUGGGGUGCUUUACUUGGUUGGGCUGCUGUUAGAGGAAGCCUUGAUCUGGCUGUAGUGAUCCCUCUUUAUGCUUCUGGUGUAUUUUGGACCCUUGUUUACGAUACAAUCUAUGCACAUCAGGACAAGGAAGACGAUAUGAUAGUGGGUGUCAAAUCAACAGCCUUGAGGUUUGCAGAUUCAACAAAAGAAUGGAUUUCUGGCUUUGGAGCAGCAUGUAUCGGUAGCCUUGCUCUGAGUGGAUAUAAUGCCAAUCUAGAAUGGACAUAUUACGUAUUCUUAGCUGCUGGAUCGACACAAUUAGCUUGGCAGAUACUCACAGUUGACCUUUCAAGCCGUGCUGAUUGCAACAGAAAAUUUGUAUCCAAUAAAUGGUUUGGAGCAAUUAUCUGCAGUGGGAUUCUUUUUGGAAGACUCUUAUCUUGAAGGACUUAACAUCAGAUUUAGCAGCAUUCUUGAGCACUCCUCUUGACGUUGCAGUGGUAGCAGGGUUGAUGGCUUUCCUUAUCUUGAAUACAUUCCAAGCAGUGCCCACACAAUGCCCUGCAGUUGCUAACGCGUGCCCUGUUGCCUCUCCAGCGCUCUCUCCAUACCUAUUUUGUCGUAAACACAGUUGAGAAUAGAAGAUCUGGAUUUCCAUACUAAGCUAGCAUUGGCUUACCUAUUAGUAACAGCUGUUGUAACAGCACCCGAGGUUGCUACCAUUGUUUGCUUUUCAGCAGCCUCAGCUGCGUCUAUUAUUUUGUCUGUGCAUUGACAAUAUACGAUCUUAAACUCAUUGGAAUUGGUAGUAGCAAUUAGAUACAAGAAACUAGGAAUGAACUUACUUAGUGCAUCAAGGGAAGCCAAGAGCACCUCUCCCGGCAUCAUAUUCAAGAAGGCCUUCCCCGGCCGGGAUUCAACAAUUGGCGUCAUUACUGCACCAGUACCACUCUCAACCACGUUAAGCACACUUUUGCUUAAUUUCUGUGUCAUCUUCGACAGCUUCCUCGCCCUGCCAUGUUAUACAUACAUUUCAUAAAUUUUCCUUUUCAUGGACUAUUGUGCAAAAGGAAAAGAUACAUACCGUUUCAAGCUCUUAUUCAGGGAGCCUUUGCUUUUCUUUGCUCCA